CGCAACUUUCCAUUAUCGCAGCUCUUUCCGACCCGUGCUUUAACACUUCGACUCAAACACUUCGGCUUACCUUACAACAACACAACACAGUGACUAUACAUAAUAAUAAACCCACCUUGCGCUUUUGCAAGUGUGCUCUUAGCCACAACAACAAUGCAUUCCGGCCACAAGCCUGAAUAUCGAAAUAAUGCUGUCUUCGCUCCGCCUCGAGGAGCAUUCAGAGGUCGUCCGCACAUUCGCCCUCCUGGCAGCUCACGACCACGUAAACUCGCGGCAUCAGCCACAGCUCCUCAACGGCCCGUGACUGAGAAUAUCCGGCGUACCACUGAGAACAAUGCGACGGCUCAUGCAUUGAAUAAGGAGACCAGCAAUGGCGACAAAGCCGUCGCAGAGGUGACGGAUGCCAUGGCUAUGCUGUCUCAAGAGAAUACUCCCGCUGCCGAAGAGCAGAUCCCGCGUACCUUCAGAGCGCCGACGGCCGACAUGAUGACUGAUCUAUCCCAAGCGCGCCGAACUGAACUGGAGCUGAAUGACUUGUCCCAAAAGAACAAGAUCGUGGCGGAAAUGAUGCGUCAAAACGAACAACAGAUGCAGCACGCAUUGUUGUCCAAGGUGGCCGACCCAGCGGACGACACUAUGCUCGAGGACGGUGAAAUCCGUGACAGCGAAGAAGCCCAGUCAAGCACACUCCGCGGAUCGACUGGAAGUCAACAGCAUCAAUGGUCGCAGUCAGCGAGUCAAACUUUUGGCCACUCCUCGAACACCACCUGGGGUUCGAUCCCAAGUCAAAAUGCUCCACGGUCCGCACAGCCUAGCCAGCCUUCGCAGCGUACGGAGCAGCCGGAUCAUGAUAUGACACAAGCCGAGUCGUCCACUCUAUUCGUGUCCCAAUUGACUCGCCGCGACUCCAGUCCUAGCCAGAUCCCGGCGUUCACCAAGAAGCAACUUGAGGAGAUGCGCAAGAAUCGCCAAGGACAACAGCAAGAGUCCGCUCCGCGGCAGUUGAACGAUGUCACAGCAGUGGACUCGCCGCUUUUUGUGACAGGACCGGCGACACCCGCGUACUUCUACGAUACCCAGUCGACUGUUGAUCACUCGAUCAAUGCCGUCAGUCAGCGCUCGCGGUACGAGUCUGUCGAGCCAUCGCAAGUUGAUCUGGUCGAGCGCAUGUAUGCCGAUUUCAAACGCAAGGAGGAGAAGCGUGACGAGCUGGACCCCGACUUCCCGGAUCCCGAAGGUGAUACGCAGAACACCGAAGUCACUACCAAUAACUCCGACAAGGAAGACGAAGAAGAAAUCAUCGUGGAAUCCGACUCCGAGUCCAUCGCCGAGGGCUCCACCAUUGUAGUCAUGCCGCCGCCACCCAUCAAUCGUCAACUCAUUUCUCCCACGAAUAACAAACGCCGCUCCGCCUCACCUCCGCCCGCUCGUGCGGACCAACCAAAGAAGCGCAAGUCCAGCUCGGGACCUCAAAGUGAGGGAACACGUAUCAAGGGCAAAAGGGAAUUGAACCCCAACUCCGCAACCCGCCGCCAGCGCGACCAAUACAUUUCCGACAUGAAACAUAAUUGGGGUGUUGACGACAUAUCCGAGAUCCUACCGGCAUCCUUCUGGCCGAAGAGUCAGAAAGACAAUGAGGUCAUGGCACCACGAGAGUGGCCGACUACCCUACUCCAGAAAAUGGUAGGACUGAGCCAGCAGACGGCUGGGAAGGGAGAAUUGAUCAGGCCGGUUGUGGAGGAGUUGGUACGGGAAAGGGGUUUCGGAGAAGGACGACUGUUCUUCGUGGAGGAUGUGGAUGCUGUCAUCAAGGCACUUCAGGACGAGAAAGUCGAUACGCCUGUCGAAGAAGGCGGCGUUGCAGUGGGCGCUGCACAAGAGGAAGAUGUGGUAAUGCAGGAGGAGGACAGUGCCGAUGAGCCGAGCGAAGAGGAGCUGUACACCUCUACCCCUCCUCCAGCGACCACAGCUGCUCCGACUACCGCCGCCGGUAUCGUCACUCCACCAUCCGCACCCACGACCCCCCAUGACAUCAUCACACCACUCACGGUCCCGUCGCCCACCCUUCCAGCAUCACCCUUCUCGACUCCCUGGAAACCGACUCCCCUGUCUGAGAUCCACUCAACGCCCUUCCUCGCUCUCAGAUCUCUCCGCCAACGGACCCUCGAGCAAGCGAACCGCAUCGCGCAGGAAAUGGCCUACCGCGGCGGCGAGACUGGAGGUCGAUCCCGUGCGGAGCUGAAGGGUCUGAGUCCGGAGGAGUUGAUCGCGAUGGACGAUGUUUGUGCGAAUGAAUUGAGCGAGAUGAAGGAUGAAAUUAUGGGGAGGAUGGUAAUAUAA